AUGGCAGCAAACACCAUCUACACUAGGAUCUGUACUCUCCAUUUCACUGGUCCUGUUAUGAACUCGGCGUGUCCAUGGGCGACCGACGAGAAGGACUUGAAUGCUCUGUACAACAGUCCGUACACAGGUGGUGUAACUACACGCACGGCGACGGAAUAUGGAUUCAAGGAGGAUACGACCAUUCAUCAACAUGCUUUUACCCCCAUCGCAUCCCUGAACAACUACGGCUAUUCCCCAUACCCACUCUCGCGAUACCUCAUCUGGAUUCGUUCUCUCCUGCAGAACUCUACCUCUCCAAAGCCGAUCAUCAUUUCUAUCACCUCUUCUCGUCCCUCCGAGCUCGCCUACAUGAUCAAUUCCAUCCAGCUUCUUCGACGAGAGCUUGGUGACCCGUCUGCCCCAAACAGCCGAAUAGGGAUCGAGCUCAACACCUCGUGUCCCAACAUUGCGGAUAAACCGCCGCCCUCGUAUGAUGCAAGAACGCUCUUGUUUCUUCUACAUCCACUGGUUGAGGCGGUGCGGAAAGAUCCGACACUCACAGUAGGGAUCAAGCUCCCGCCUUAUGUUAUCCCCUCACAGUUCACGGAUGUUCUCAAUGCGAUUCAGAGCCUGCAGACAGAAGGAGAGGAGCAGAACCCUAUCGCAUUUCUUACGUGCACAAAUACUUUGGGUGGUUGCCUGAUCACUGCAGAUGAGGUGGGGAUGAAACGUAUAGAGGGUAAGGAGUGGGCAUUGGCGGGUGGGUAUGGCGGGAUGGGAGGAAGCGCUCUACAUGCUGCCUCGUUGGGAAACGUGCACCGGUUUUCAAACCUCAUUGAUAACCAUCCAUCUUUACCGAUGAGGCAGAUCGCUAUAAUUGGUGUUGGUGGUGUGAGCGAUUCAGCAGGUGUGAAACGCAUGCAGGCUGCAGGUGCUACAAUGGUUGAAUGUGCCACUGCACUUGGCAGGUUUGGGGUAGAGGUAUUCGAGAAAAUGCAGGUGUAG